UGUCUUCUCCAUCCAAGUCAUACAUGGUCAUAGGGAGAGCCUUUCCUGUUUGUUUCUUGGUUGUCUGUUUUAGUAAGUGUGUACGUACACACUUAGUCUGACCCACACAUGUGUACUUGCAUUCACGUGCUUUUGCAUGCAUUACUAGUUUGCAUCUAAGUUAUUCGUGACCUUAUGCAUAGAAGAUGGCGGUUGAGUUGAUGGCGCCAAGGAAAGUGGAACAAAAAUGGCAACCGUUGUUUUAAUGUACAACCUUAUGCAGAGAAUCUGUGUGCUUGUGGAAGCUAAUGUAAACAAACUACAGUAAAUAAUCAUUGAAAACUGUCAUCAAACGUUCUAUUAUCUAAGGUGUUGCUGCAAUUUUUGUUUUGACUGGUUAUUUUUCCAGUCAUUAUUGCAAGUUCUUAGUUUUUAGGCUUAACUGUUGUAACAAAAUAUUGUCUGUAUUAUAUAGCUCAUCUAAAAAAUGGUGGAGGAAACAAAAUCUAAUAACUCAAUUUGUUUAACAGAGGAAGAAGCAGCAGUUUAUGAUCGCCAAAUUAGAUUAUGGGGUGUGGAAGCCCAACAAAGACUACGAAAAUCAAAAAUUCUCUUGGUUGGGUUGUCUGGUUUGGGAAAUGAAGUAUGCAAAAAUAUAUUAUUGGCUGGUAUCCAGCACAUGACUCUUUUGGAUGAUUCAAAACUUACAAAGGAAGACUGUUUUAAUCAGUUUUUAACUCCUUCAGAUAUGGUUGGAAAAAGUAAAGCUGAGGCUUGCUUGAGUCGUGCGAAAGACCUCAAUCCAAUGGUAGACAUCGUGGCUGAUAAUGAGAAUAUUGGUGACAAAUCUGAAGAAUUUAUGAAAAAAUUUGAUGUUGUUUGUUUGACAGGAUGUAGCAGAGAUGCACAGGUAAAAGUGAACGAAAUCUGUCACCGAUUGGGUAUCAAAUUUUUAGCAGGGAAUGUGUUCGGUUAUUACGGUUAUAUGUUUGCUGAUCUAGGAGUGCAUUCCUAUAUUGAAGAAAUUCCAAAAAAGGUGAAGACUAUGAAGGACGGGGAGGGUUCUACAUCUGCGAAAAAAUCGAAAACAGAGCAACCUGAUACAGAAGUGGUAGAAAAGGUAUCUUCUUUCUGCACGUUAUCAGAAGCGUUGUCUGUACCAGUAUUUAAAGGAAAGAGUUUGCGUCAAGCAAAACAAGUAUCGAAAACUUAUCUUGUGACGAAAGUUUUGCUCGAGUAUCAACAACGCUAUGGGUUAGUACCAAAUGAAAUAAACAGUCAACAAGAAUUGGAGAAACUUCUUGACGUCAGGAAUGAAGUGUUGGAAGAGCAAAAUGUGGAUAAUGAUCUUCUAGACGACGAGUUUUGUUCGUACUGCGUUGGAACGUUGUAUCCGGUCAAUGCGAUCAUCGGUGGUGUGAUGGCACAGGAAGUAAUUAAAGCAGUCUCAGGUAAAGAUACGCCGCACAAUAAUUUUUUCUUCUACGAUGGAGUGUCAACUAGUGGAAUCGUCCAAAAGAUAUCGCCAAUAAUCGACAAGAUGGCACCUUCAGUUGCGGAAGAAAAACCAAGUAUUGACACUGCGGACGUCAUUCUGUGAUUAUUUUUCUUUUACUCAAAGAUGGCUAACGAUUGAAUACAACAAGGUGGAUGUCGCUUUUACGUUUUCGAUUUAUCCACAAUCGGAACUUCUGUUAUGUUAUUUACGAUGUAGAUGUUUUUAUAUUUCUCAAACCUCUGUAC